AUGACUAUGCUGUACACCAAAUCGAAACAAUUCACACUCUACUCAGCUGUGUCCUCGCCCGUCUCCGAUUUCCGCCAGCUCUCCUCAACAAUGCACGCGCCGGCCGCUGUUGUCGUCAUCAUGCUCAGCGGCCUGGCCACGGCAGCCGAGGUCAGCGGCCGCCAAAGCGUCAACAUCUGCCAGACCGUACAAACCCAAAACGGCUGCAUCCAGUCCGCAUCUUUCAGCUCGCCCGUCUUCUUUACCUGCGUGGAUGGACAGCAGACACUCUUCACCUGUGACGGGGGCUGUCGCCAGGGAAACGCUGCCAACUUGCCGACUUGUGACAACGGGAAGCUUUUCAACGGGACGAUAGACUGA